AUGCCGAGCUUCUUCCAAUUCACGCAAGGCAAUGAAUCCCGCACCCGCUUCACGAGCGACUCGUCUCCUCUUCUAGGCCGCUUCCGCGCCGUACCUCAGCAGCCCGACCUUACCGGUCGCCGGCGUCGUUCCAGCACCCUCGGCCUCUUCGCCAAUAACCGGGGCAGCGUGCAUGUCGGUUAUGGCGCCCUCCUCUCUGCCGCCGGUCUCGAAAGCUACGAUAACAACGCCGGUAAUCCCGACUGGGAGGAUCUGAACAUAUGGCAGCGGACAUGGCGUAGGAUCGUCGACGUUUGGGUCGAGCCGAAACAGAGCGCCGUCAAGAGAGUGGUUGAUGUCUGGUGGAGCCGAUAUGGGGUGCUUGUCUUCAUGCCCGCCGCCCUGGCUAUUGCGUGGUGCGCAAUCCCGUUUCCGCAAUACCAACUUCCUGGCGACGAUGAUGGUCGAGACGAUGCUGACCCUGAUUCCGGGCGUAAGAUACCCGGUCACGGUGAGGCACGAGUACAGAUCAACUUUUGGUUCUUCCUUUUCGUCUAUUAUGGUUUUUACAAUGUUACGGCUUUGAUAUGGAUCACCAAGGUCUUUAACCUAUACAGCUUGAACUGGUACGUCUUCCCCACCAUGUAUGCCCAACCUGGCCCAAAAAGGCCACAGGACUUACACGCCUGCAGGUGGCCGCAGUCUCUAGGUUUCCCCGUCACGAUGUCUCUCAUCGCCAUCGUGUCGAUAGCAGUCCCAAUCCCGCUGUAUCUCACUCCAGAAACGCGCUUCCUUACCCAGCACAACACGGCUUGGAUUUCCUGGACUUUCAUCGUCAUGGCCAUGCCGGUUGCCAUCGCGUUCUGCAUCCUCCUGACCUCGCAGCGUCACCUCAAGCUGCGGCAGUCACUAUCCGAAACCCAGCGUAUCUUCACAUCGUCCUGGUGGACUGGCGAGGCUGAGGGGAGCAUUCCCCGACGAGAUAACCGCCGCCGUCCGAAUCUCAGUGGUGACUCUUUCAACCCGGAUGCCUCUCUGCAGAUCGCGUCGGAGCAGUCUAGACCCCUUGCCAGCGUGAGCCUGCGCCGUAGGUGGCUGCCCGCCAGUUUUGUGCGAUUCAUCUGGUUCUGUCUCGCUCUCUUUGUCGGGCUCAUGGCGUACGUGAUAGGAGAGGCAUACGCUGAGAUUUACCUGCGGACGUUACCUCACAACAACCUGGAAACCAUUGUCUACGUCUACAGCUGGAUCAUCACAGUCCACCUCCUGGACGCCCUGACCGGCUGGCUGCUAGGUAUUCGCGAAGGCGAACGUGUUGGAAGCUACCCCCUAAGCUGGGUUUUCAAACUGUACUUCAUGCUCACCUAUCAAACCUACGUCCGCGCUCUAUACGCCCGCCUUCGCUCCCCAGAGCAGUUCGUCUACCUUCAAAUCCUCUCCAGCAGCACCCUCAUUAUCCUCACGCCCCUGACCAUGUCGCGCCUCUACCAUCGCGUCACUGUCGCCCUCAAUUUGACAGACCAGUCCUAUGCCUCGUACCAGAAGGUUUGCACCCGCAACGUCUUCAUCCGCUUCCUGGCCGAGAACGCCUCAAUGGCCGCCUUCCUCGGCAGCGUCCUCGUCUUGCAUUUCGGUGCCAACAAGGACGUCUACCCCUACUUUGCUUUCGACAUGAAGGAAAAGGGUACGGACGGCUACGACUUCAACUUUACUUUCUGGGCGUCCUCCGUCACUUGGGCCUGCGAACUUGUAGCGUCUGUCUGCGUACGCGUGCUCAUCCGCUACAUUUACGGCGUCGACGUUGGCAUGGAGGGUAAGCUCGACCUCGCCGUCUGGCCGGAGCUGCUGCCCACCUGCGUCGCCGUCAUGUUCCACGUGCUCCAGAACAUGUUCUUCUCCAUCAUUCGCCUACAGUUUCACUGA